AUCCGGGAACUUCAGUGUGUGAUUGACAGUCGUCAUGGAAACGUUCUCACUCGGCUUCCAUUUUGUUCCUUACUUUUCUUCCUUCGCAAGACUGACACCUGGCUCGCGCGGCGCGUGAUAACGCUUGAUAAAUCAAUAAUCGAUCGUUCUCGCGUCGUAUUGAUGAUCAGUGGCGCCUCGCAGUGAGUUCAGCUCGCGAGUGCGACGGGCCGCUCUUGCGCGCGGGUUAGGAGCGCGCGCGCCAUUUUGUCCAGCGGCCGCGGCGCGCGCGCAGGAUGAGUGAGUGACGGACGGACGGCGGGACUGCUGCGCUGCGGAGCGCGCCGACGCUCACCGAGAGGCGCUCUUUAUUUCUCUACGGUUCUGUGGACGCGGACAAGCGGCAAGUCUUUUGGUCGGACGCCGCGUGGAAGCGGAUUCUCGAGGAACGCGCGUGGAUUUAUUCAGAAGGAUUUUUUUCGCUCUCGUCAGAAAGAGGCGCGCGCGACACGAACUUCACCAAUGGUUGUGCAAGUUGAAGAGAAACUCAAACAUCUAAGACUGCAGAACCCUGCUGAAACAUCAGGGCUCUUCUCACCUGGAAACCACUCGCUAGUCAGUUCAGUGGGCUGUGGUUUGCAGAUGGACUCCCCUGUCACAAUGAUAUGAGAUUUGUCAGAAGACGAUGCAUACAGGAGGAGAGACCUCAGCAUGCAAACCCUCCUCUGUCCGGCUGGCUCCCUCGUUUUCUUUCCAUUCGGCCGGUGUGCAGAUGGAUGCGCAGACGCCCCAUUCUCACCCGCCGGUCAGCGAUGGUCACCCACAGAGCGCUGACCAAUCAGGCGCUGCGCUGCCGUACACCUCGCAGGCCCCCCAACCCAACGCCCAGGUAACCACUGAUAUGGUGAUGUUACAGAGGCGGAUGCCUCAGUGUUUCAGAGAUCCGGCGACGGCACCCUUACGGAAACUCUCCAUUGAACUGAUCAAAACCUACAAACACAUCAAUGAGGUUUACUAUGCAAAAAAGAAGCGUCGUCACCAACAGGGUCAAGGGGAGGACUCGAGUAACAAGAAAGAGAGGAAAAUAUACAACGACGGUUACGAUGACGACAACUUUGACUACGUCGUUAAAAAUGGCGAGAAAUGGAUGGACAGAUAUGAGAUUGACUCUCUGAUAGGCAAAGGGUCAUUCGGUCAGGUGGUGAAAGCCUAUGACCGUGUGGAGCAGGAGUGGGUCGCCAUCAAGAUCAUCAAGAAUAAAAAAGCUUUUCUGAAUCAGGCUCAGAUCGAAGUCCGACUGCUGGAGCUCAUGAACAAACACGACACUGAGAUGAAGUACUACAUCGUUCAUCUGAAACGCCAUUUCAUGUUCCGAAAUCACUUGUGUCUGGUCUUCGAGAUGUUGUCCUAUAACCUGUAUGAUCUGCUGAGGAACACAAAUUUCCGUGGCGUGUCUCUGAACCUGACGCGCAAGUUUGCUCAGCAGCUUUGCACCGCGCUGCUCUUCUUGGCCACUCCUGAACUGAGCAUCAUCCACUGUGACCUCAAACCCGAGAACAUUCUGCUCUGUAACCCCAAGAGAUCUGCCAUCAAGAUCGUGGACUUCGGCAGUUCCUGUCAGCUCGGACAGCGGAUAUACCAAUACAUCCAGAGUCGCUUCUACCGCUCGCCGGAGGUGCUGCUGGGAAUGCCCUAUGACCUGGCCAUAGACAUGUGGUCUCUGGGAUGUAUUCUGGUGGAGAUGCACACUGGAGAACCUCUGUUCAGUGGAGCCAAUGAGAUUGACCAAAUGAACAAAAUUGUGGAAGUUUUGGGCGUCCCUCCCAAUCAUAUUCUGGAACAGGCACCUAAAGCCAGAAAAUUCUUCGAGAAGAUGUCUGAUAGCACGUGGUGUGCAAAGAAGACCAAAGAUGGCAAAAGGUAUAAGCCCGCAGGCUCUCGAAAGCUACACAACAUUUUGGGCGUGGAAGCUGGUGGACCGGGCGGGCGGAGAGCCGGUGAGUCGGGUCACGCCGUCGCCGACUACCUUAAGUUCAAAGACCUAAUCUUGCGGAUGCUGGACUACGACCCCAAGACUCGCAUCCAACCGUAUUACGCGCUGCAGCACAGUUUCUUCAAGAAAACUGCGGACGAGGGUACGAACACUAGCAGCAGUGUGUCCACGAGUCCGGCGCUGGAACAGUCGCAGUCGUCUGGAACCACAUCCAGCACCUCCUCCAGUUCAGGAGGUUCUUCUGGAACGAGCACGAGCGGCCGAGCACGCUCUGACCCGACCCAUCAGCACCGGCACAGCACAGGAGGCCAUUUCAGUGCUGCGGUGGGCAUAGACUGUCACAACCUCUGCCCGCAGGCGAGACAAGCGUUCGUGCCGGCCCUGGGCUGGGUCGGAGGAGACGGGCUUCCGCAGGCCGCAGGAGAGACGCAUCCCGUCCAGGAGACCACUUUCCACGUGCCACCCCACCAGCCCAAGGCUCUGCACCCCCACUCGUCCCAUCAUCACCACCAUCAGCACCCGCAGGGCCCUGCCCGGCCCCGUCCCCGACUCUACUCGCCAUCCCACAGCGCCUCCACGCAGGACUCAAUGGAGGUGACGCACGGCCACCUGUCCAUGACCUCGCUGUCUUCCUCUGCCUCGUCUUCAUCCACGUCGUCGUCGUCCACAGGGAACCACCACCACGCCUACCAGAGCCGCCUGCUGCCGCACGGGCUGGGCUUCGGGCACAACGGCAGCAUGACUUUGGGAUUGGGUGCCUUCUCCAACCCGCGGCAGGAGACGGGCGUGCCAGGUCACCCCGCAUAUCCCGUGAGCACGAACUCCGGGCCGGGACAUUACAUAGCCGAGACUCACGUGGGCCUGAGACCGGGCCUGGACCGCGAGGAGUCACCCAUGGCGGGCGUGUGCGUGCAGCAGAGCUCGGUGGCGAGCUCCUGACUAGCCUGAGUGUGCUCGCAUGGACACGGAAGCUGCUGGAAUGAGACGAGAGCCAAUCUCCGAUUGGCCGCCGAGAGCCACGACAUCACCGUCUGCGAACGUUUGACAUGAGGCUUUCUCUGACGUUUGCUUUGGUUUUCUUCUGUUCAUUCGAUCUCAGUUUUAGAUGCUCACCUUCACAUUGGCUUUCUCUGGAAGAUUUGAGUGUCCGAAGGUGAUGGACACUGAAUUUCUCCUGAACGCCCAUCUCGAGUUCCUCUUGUUCAUCUGUUUUUCCAUGUUGUGCAAUUGUGUGCUUCGAGCAGAGCGUUCCCAGAGUGCAAUGAGACCCUGUGAGUGCGUUCCAGGGCGUGUGUGCGUGUGCGUGACUGUGGCAGUGCUUCUUUAAUAUGGCCUUAUCAUUACAGACUGAAUAAAGAUGAGCUGGACGUUUGUUCUUCAAGUGAGAAAAGCUGUCAUGUAUUUUGGAGUCAUUCAUCAGAAAGAGAAUGGUGAUUUUGAGGCCUUUCUUAAGUAGAAAUCCACCGCUGGGCAUCUCUCGUCCACGUCCCUCCCUCUCUUAAUUUGUGCUUUAUCUCAUCGCUUCAGCAGCACGUCUGUGUGUGCGCGCGUAUGUGUGUGUGUGUGCGCGCGCGUGUGUGUGUGUGUUUUAAUUUCUAGCCUUUGCAACGCUCCUUUACUUUUCUUUGCUUCUUUGGUUUCCGCUUCACAACUAUGCUGUGAAUUUUACACAAGUUUUAUUUUUCUCGUUUGAUAAUUUAUUGUACCAAAGGCGUUUGUUUUUUGUUUUUUUAUAGAACAUAGAUGUCUGUAACCAAUAAUGUAGCAGUUCUGCACUUUGAAGCAAACGUGUGUCGUGUCACGGCAGUAAAUGACCGUCAGAACUGGAAGUGUUGUUCAAUGUUCCUGGACACCAUCGCUUACGAAAAUCUGUCGCUCUGUUUUAUUAUUUUUCUAUCUCUCUUCAUUUCCCAUCAGUGGCUUUCUGUAGUUUUGGCUCUGGUGGGACGGUGGACACCACGAGCUGCUCGGCUGGUCCCAGAGCAGCUGGCCGGUCAGAGAUCACACGCGGGCCAGACACAGGUGCGUGAACGUUGCCGACCAGCGGUGACUCUCACAACUAAAGCAAUCCAGCCCUGCUGAGACCGAGGCGCUUUCCGUCUGUCUGUGCGAUUGCGAGGGUUCCAAACGGAACUUUAUAGGGUUCCUGUGGCCGUGGUAUAUGAAGGGAGUCCAUGAAACAGGCUUCAGGUGUUUACUUUGUGACCCCAUUUUAAUAGCUGAAAUAGAAUUUAUGUACAUAUUUAUAUUUUUUUAAUAAAGGAAGUUUAGAACUCACUACUUUUUUCCUUAUGGUAUUUUGAGUACAUUUAAUUCAACCUGCAGUGGAAGUUCUACACGCUAGUCAAUGGAUAUCAGUGCUUCCAUGCCAAAGUAGUUGAAGUGCUAUAGGGUGGAGAUGGGACGGGACGGGAGGAGUGUAGCUCUUCAUACUUCAAUAUUGUAGACAGGGUAUCGCUUGUGGAUGUUUCUACGAUCGCAAGGACAUCGGACGGACGGCGCUUCACAUGUUCGUAUCUGUAGUACGGGAACUGUUGUUUGGUUUCAGCUCUCUUCAUUUGGCACAAGCUUCAGUACAUGAGUCCGUUUGAAAGUCAUGCUGUGGCGGACGGUGACGAACAUCUCCAAAGCUCCUGCUACCAUUUCAGGCCACAACACUUUAUUUUACUCUGGUUUCAUCUCUCUCUCUUUCUCUCUCCUGGGUCCGACUUUCCCCACGACUUCCCCGUCCAGUUCACAUUCCCACUCCUCUUUGGUUCCAGGACAUGUGAUGAUGAUGAUGUAAGCAGAACGACUGAUGGAUAUUUGGGAUCUUUAUCCACAGGUUGUAAGAUCAGGACUUUGUGUAAAUUAAAAAGUGUCACUGAAGGGCAGUAAUGGACAAACCCUUUGUACUAUAUUCAAGCGGUCUUAUGUAUGAUUAUAAAAAAACAAAGUUGCUUAACUUGUAUGUGUUCCGCUCUUCUUUCUUUCUGCUCUGCUUCACACAACGCUUCACUGUUGGUCCUUCGACACAAGAAUUUACACAAACCCGGCUGAUAUUCAGUCAAAUGUGUAAAGUACAUUGUCUUCUGUACAGCUCGAUACAGCAAAUGUCAAAUGAAAAGAGUAAACAGUAAAGAACGUUUUUAUGAAGUAU